CUCAUCAUGAGAGAGUGAGUGAGAAUGAAGAGGAAAAUCAUGAUGCAGAAGUUCCUGGGUUGGAAUUGGCAACUCCCUCACUGGUUCCUCUGAAGAAGAACCUCAACGCUGUAGUGGUGUCUGAAAAAUACAACCUGAAGCCGAUGCCAAUGAAGAGACAGAGCACGUCCGCCCCCUCUGGAGACAACCCACCAGUAGAGAAGAAAUACAAACCUCUGAACACCACCCCCAACAGCACCAAGGAAAUCAAAGUCAAGAUCAUCCCCGUGCAACCAAUGGAGGGCUUGGGCUUCCUGGAUGCCUUUAACUCUGCCCCCAUCCCGGGGAUCAAGAUCAAAAAGAAAAAGAAAGUCUUGUCUCCUACGGCAGCCAAGGCGAGCCCGUUUGAAGGGAAGCCAGCCCCAGAAGCGAGCGCUGCUAAACCAUCCUCACCAGAACCCGCUACUGCAUCCGAGCCGAUGGAGGUGGAUCGGCCCGGUACCCCUGUGCCGGCAGUAGAGGUCCCAGAGCUGAUGGAGACCGCCUCGUCCGAGCAGAACUCAGAUUCCAAGCCGUCCGAGAGCGUCGCUGACUCCACGCGGUUCACCAAGAAGGGCAAGAAGAAGACAGUGAGCUGGCCUGAAGAGAGCAAGCUGCAGGAGUACUUCUACUUCGAGCUGGAUGAUACUGAGCGAGUCAACCUGAACAAGAUCAAGGACUUUGGCGAGGCAGCCAAGCAGGAGAUGCUGAAGGACCGGCAAGCCUUCGAGACGGCGCGCCGGCUCAGCCACAGUGCCAUGGAAAAUAAGGUGCCCUGGGUUUACCCCAACCUCAUCGACCUGCCUAGCUCCCUGGAGCAGCCGGGCAGCGGCAGCCACGAGAAGUUCACCCAGGCCAAGAGGGAGAAGGGAAUCCUGCCGGAGAUCUUCCUCUUCAAGGAGAGCAUUCCAGAUAGUCCCCACGAACCCAACCCAGAGUCUUAUGAACCCCUGCCACCCAAACUCAUCCCGCUCAACAAGGGCGGGCCCAACAAACGCAAGACGGAGGAGCUAAUGAAGCAGCCAGAUUACUUGGACAAGAUCAAACACUUUCUUGGCAACCUCCAGCCACAGCCCCUGGGGCCCUCAGGAGUGCCCCAUGGGCUGCUGGGCCCAGGGCCCCUCGCCAAUGGAUUCCCACUUGGACCAAAGAACAUGCAGCAUUUCCCUCCUGAGGGGCCAGGACCCAUGCCUGGUCUCCAUGGUGGCCCUGGGGGUCCCAACAUGCCCCCAGGUCCCGGCAUGCCUGGUGGGCCCAGGAUGAUGGGCCCUCCCGCUCCCCAGCAAGGCGAGUUCUGGGAUCCCCCUGAUGGCGGAAUGCGAGGAAACCCCCAGGGGGGUAUGCGAAGGGGUGGCCCCGGCCCAGGGCCCGGCCCAGGCCCUUUCCACCGGGGGCGAGGUGGGGAGCCCCCCUUCCGGAGUCAUGAUGGAGGCCAAGGAAGAGACAUGUCGAGCCGCCCCGUGUGUCGCCACUUCAAGUCGAAAGGCAGCUGCAGGUACGAGAACAACUGUGCCUUCUACCAUCCCGGAGUGAACGGGCCGCCCCUGCCGUAGCGCCCGGGGCCCUCCCCCCACCCCGCCGACGCCCCGUGAAACCGCCCAACACAGCCGCCCCCGCUUCACGGACUCUGGGGUGCCAGCUGUCGGACUUGGGCUGCGGCCACCACUUAUGGCUUCUGUGAGGCCUUGUAACACCUGGGGGGGGGGGGAGGGAGCAACCCCCCCUGACGGCUGCUGCUACUGAGAAACCACUGCGGGGGGAAUUCCCCCCACCACUCUGCUCCCUCCUGUGUUUUAACAUGAUGGUGGUACUGAUGGGACAUGACUCCACGUCCCCCCAAUGACUUUUUGCAAGCACAAGAGCCGCCGCCUGCUCUGGGACCUGGGGGUAAGGGGAGCAAAGCGGAUUGUUACCACUGUGUAUAUCUCUGUGGAGCCAGCAAAGGUGUAAAGGGGGGGUUGCCUGGCUGCCCUACCUGGCUCCGGGCUGCGGUCUGUCCACAGGUUUGCCUGCUGCAGACCUACUCUGAAGACAUUUUGCCUGGGGAGCCUUGGCCCUGAGGAGCAGCCGGCCACACUGCUCGGCUCCCCCAGAAAUACUGCCCUCCUCGGGCACGUGGUCCGGAGACUUCUCCCUCCAUCUGGCAGCAGCAGGAUACCAGUCCUUCGGUUGGGGAGGAGAGGGGUCCCUUAACCACUGCCCCCCACCCACUGAGCAAAGGGGGUGCUUGUUAACUCCACCCCCUCAAUGGGGUCAUUGUAGAUAAAUCUCUGCAUUAAGCAUCUUCACAUAACUUUCAUAUGACUUUUUGUAUUAUGUCUCUUCAUAUAACCUUGUAUUAAGCCUAUCCACAUAUAACCUCUAUUUUCAUACAACUUUGUAUCAAGUCCUUUGAUCUAGGAACUUUGUAUCAGAUCUGUGGGAGAAAACAAGCCUUCACUCUGCAGCUGUAAGCAACAAGGCAGGGACAGUUUAUUCAAGCAAUUGCAAGGGAAGAUUGCAGUUGGACGGGGGGGGGUCCCCUUGCCCUUAGCAAAUCUUUGAAAAACAAGCAAUUUAAGACAAGUAUUUAUACACUCCCAUUACAUCCAUCAACGGCCAACAGCUGUGUCCUGUUUAUACGUUUCUUUCUGAUAUUUUACUUAUUUCAACGGUUCCUGCUAAAGUCAGCAUUCCAUUUUUAUCUGAAGGCAAGGCUAAAACAGCAUCCCUUGCACUUUCCCACUUGCACAAGUCCUGCUGUUAUAAGUCUUGCGUGGUUAGGGUUAGCCUGACUUUUGCUCUAUCUGUAACAAAGCUAAGAUGGCUGCACUUAAAUCUCCUUUUUUGCUUUUAGCCCAACUAUUCUUUUUAAACCUUUAUUUUUAUUAGAUCUUGUAUUUUUGAUUUUAAAUUAAAUGGAUUAGCCUUAUAAGCUUUGGAUGUAACGAUAAUGUGUGAUUAGUAUGGACAUGGAAGGUAUUUU